AUGAGUUCUCAUCAUCAUCACAACCCUCACAAUCACGACGCCAAACGAACCACACCACCAAGCAACCCCAUGUCGUCAACACCGCAUCAACAACGUCCAGGAAUACCAUCAAAUAUUCCUCCACCAAGACAACACGGAGGAGGAUAUUAUUACGGUUAUCAACCUUCUCCAAGUACUAGAGGUAGUAGUAGCAGUGGCGGUGGUGAUCAUCAUUAUCCACCUCCGAACCAUCAUGAUAAUUAUCAUCCUCACCACCAACAACAACCCUAUCAUCGUCCUUCUGCAUCGUAUGAAAACUCUUCAGAGACUUAUCAUAAACCGUAUGGUGGUACUAGUCGCCACUAUGAAAGAGGCUCUUCUUCACGAAAUUAUGAUCCAUCAUCGUCUCAUCAAAAAAAACGAAAUUAUGAUCAUUACACUCGACGAAAUAAUGAUGGCGGAGGUAAAAACAAUUCUAACAAGUAUAGAAAGAAUGAACCUCCUCCUCUUGAUUCUAAUACUAUCAAUUUAAAGGCUAACGAUAACAAGGUUCCUCUCCGAAAUGGAAUUCCAAUUUGGAAUUUUUCAAUUGAUCAUUCUCAAUGUGAUAUUAAAUCCAAUGGAGAGGAACAACGAAAACGAUUCUUUCAAAUCAAUGCCAAAGAAGGAACUUUAGAAAAUCCUGCUUUUGCAUCAUUUAUUGAAUAUCAUCGAUAUAAGAAAAUUGUUCAAUUGAGAUUAGCCUAUGAAAAUGAUGUGAAAGAAUUACUAUUUGAUUUAGAAGCACCAAAAGAAUCUUUGAAUCGAUGGUUAUUUGAACAGUUAUCAUCGGUGGAUUCAUCUCUUGUUGAUCCUUUGAUUUCAUUGAAUCAUGAAUCAUUGAAUACAAUUGAAGGUAGUAGCAGUGGCAGUACUAGUAGCAGCAGUAGCAGUAGCAGUAGCGAUACCACAUGUGAGUCAUCAUCAUCGAGUAGUGGUACCACUACUACUACUACUACAAGUAACAUCACUUCAAGUCAUGAUCGGUUUGUGCAUUCCAACCAUUCUCUUCUCAUUGAAAAACAAUCCACCUCAGAUUUUUUAUUGAAAAGACCUGAAUUUGCAUUAGAAAGUGAAGUGUUGAGAGCUGAAAUUUAUUCUGAAAUUCCAAGUCGUUUGAGAUGUCGAACCAUCAAUCAAGCACUCACUUCUCUUGAUCAUUAUUACAAGAAUGGAUGGGAAUGGCUUAAAAAAGUGAGAACCUUAAAUCAACCUCAACUAUGUGAACAAAUUGAACAACAAUUGAAACAAUUAAGAGAUUGGAUGAAUCACAGUAAUACUCAAAGGCAAUUAUCUGUGUUAGAAGAAAAACAAAAAGAAUUAACCAAAAAUUGUAGUAUUUUAUUUAAACAAAUUUUGAAGGAUCGAGUGGAUGAAGUGUGUCGAAGACUUGUGGAUCAUUCCAAGAAAAUUGCAGAAUCAUUGAGUACAGAACGAUUGAAAGAAUCAUUUACUCAACAAUCCAUGGAUGUUCAAUUGGAAUUUCAUGAACAAGAAUUACUUUGUAAAGUAACUUUGUAUUCUAGUGAUAGUAGUAGUGGUAGUAGUAGCGGUAGUAAUAAUAUCCAUAUUGGUAAUAGUCCUACCCAUAUUGGUAAUAGUCAUAACAACAACAAGAACAAUGGUAACAACAACAAUAGAGAUCUCAACAACAACACCAACAAUGGAAAUGAUGAAAAAUCAUCACUCUCUCUUCAACCCAUUGAUACAUUUAAAUUGAAUUUAAUUCACUAUAACAAAUUGAGAUUACUCUACAAGAAAUGCAACACUGAGAGAGAUCCAGAAAUGAAAGAAUUUCAAUAUAGACUCUAUACUCUCAUUCGAAGAUAUCAAACAUUCUUUGGAGAUUCAUCCAGUGAAGAAGGAGCUAAUUUUCAUGCAGCUCUUCCUGAGAAGGGAUUUGAUUUUUUGACAAGAGAAUUUCAAGUGUGUCAUGAAUGUUUUGCAUCACCUAUUAAUUGUUAUUUUAAUUCAUUCUGUAGUGCAUUUCCAGAUACAGAUGUUUAUUUUGGAUCGAGAGGAUCGUUCUUUGAAUUUAGACCAACACGAGGAUUCUUUGAAUGUGGACCACCCUAUACAUUGGAAGUCAUGAAUAAGACUGCUAGGUAUUGUCUCGAGUUAUUGAAAUCAUCCAAUGAACCAUUAGCAUUUGCUGUUUUUGUGCCGGAAUGGACAGAUACUGAAUAUGGUAAAAUUUUACACCCGGAUCAUACUCCAUUUUGUACGGGACAUUUAUUGGCUGAACAAGGAAAACACGAAUAUGUGAUUGGAAUGCAACAUUUUAAAGAGAAUGAUCAACGAUAUUGGACUCUUCCUUUUCCCACUCAUGUUUAUUUUCUUCAAAACGAAGAAGGAAAGAAAAAGUGGCCAAUCACACCACAACUGAUUGAGAGGUAUAAAAAGGUGAUGGAAAUGAAUACCACGAAUGAAACGAGUGGUAGUAGUAGUAACAAGUAG